GCUGUUCAAUUAACCCCUAGACGAUGGUUGAACCUGCAGGAGUACCAAAGCAAAAAAAUAAUGGCAGACCAUGGGGUUGCAGUUCAGAGAUUCUUCGUAGCUGAUUCUGCAAAUGAUGCCCUGGAGGCUGCUCAGAGACUAAAGGCAAAGGAAAUUGUUCUGAAGGCACAGAUUCUGGCUGGAGGGAGAGGAAAAGGUGUUUUCAAUAGUGGAUUGAAAGGAGGAGUUCAUCUAACUAAAGACCCUAAGAUUGUUGAACAGCUUGCUAAACAGAUGAUAGGGUACAAUCUGUCAACAAAGCAAACUCCAAAGGAUGGUGUGACAGUUAAAAAGGUGAUGGUUGCAGAAGCACUGAAUAUUUCCAGGGAAACGUACUUUGCCAUUUUGAUGGACAGAGCCUGCAAUGGACCUGUUAUGGUUGGCAGUCCACAGGGUGGUGUUGACAUAGAAGAAGUCGCAGUUACUAGCCCAGAACUUAUCUUUAAGGAGGAAAUAGAUAUUUUUGAAGGCAUAAAGGAUCAUCAGGCAUUGCAGAUGGCAAAAAAUUUGGGUUUCAAAGGACCUUUGCAACAGCAGGCAGCAGAUCAAAUUAAGAAGCUGUAUAAUCUUUUCUUGAAAAUUGAUGCCACUCAGGUUGAAGUGAAUCCCUUUGGUGAAACUCCAGAAGGGCAAG